ACGUUUGGGGAUCCACGCGUUGGGUUACUCUUUCGCUACCGAGAUAAAGAGAGAUCGAGCCCAGUUUGGUGAUCAGCCGGCGUCAGUGAACGCCAACUGACUGGUGAAUGCUGUUUUGUGUUAUGAGGUCGUUCACAAAGAGAAGUGCAGUCUCAUCGCAAGGUAGUCCCCAUAAAUUGAAGACAGGUUGAUAACUAUAGAGCAAAUACUUCCCAACGAUAGCGUAAUUAUGUCGCAUAUAGAGGAUCUUGAGCAGCGACGUAAAAAAGAAGAUGACGACCACCAGUCACCUCCAUGGUACGCAGUUGCUGGCAAGUGUGUAAUGGGUGCAGUAAUACACCCGUUAGAUUAUGUCAGAGUUCUUAUACAACUUGGUUACGAACCAAUCGAACCCGUGCCGACUCGCCGCCUUUUCGGAAAGCCUGCCCUAAGGCUUCCCUCAGUGUUCACCUAUAUGGGGUACAUUCGGAGUGUGGAUGGCUUUUUUGGAUUAUAUCGAGGCUUUGGUGCAAGCCUCUGCGGGAACUUCACGCAGAACGUCGUUAUGAUUCACAUGACAGCAGCCAUGCCGCCAGUCCCAACAUUUGAGGAAGAUCAGGAACUUAAUGCAGAAGACGUAAAAAUAAUGAAUUUUAUUCAACGAACGUCACAGCAAAUGGUUGCCCGCACCGUAGCAACUAUUUUAUCGCAACCAUUCUACGUCAUCUCUUGUCGAAUGAUGGCUCAGUUUAUCGGUGGGGAGCUCAAAUAUACCUCGUUAUUAAGCUCAUUCCGUGAAAUAAUCAAGGAUGAAGGAGUAUCAGGUUUAUGGAACGGAUUAAUGCCUCGAUUAACCGGUGAAAUUCUUCGGAUCUGGUUAGCCGGAAGUGUCGCCUUCGUCAUCAAUAAUUACGCUGUACAGGAGGCAUCGGUGCGGAGUUACAUUACGGGAACGACAAAUUUUUUGGCCGCUUCGAUUACGUAUCCGUUUCAGGUUGUCGGUACAGUUAUGACCGUAAGCGGCGCCCCCAUUGAAGCUGGUGGACCCCCCCAUCUAGCUCGCUACGAAGGGUGGACACAAUGUUGGAAACAUCUCUCCCAACUGGGGCACCUCAAAAGGGGAUCUUCGUUAUUCUGGAGAUAUUAUCAGGGACCAAUGGGAAUUUCAUUCGAUGGAGCGGCGUACAAAAUUCCCGUGGACGUGAGCCUUUUGAGUAAAGUCAACUGAGAUCUACCACCAUUCAGAAAUCACUUCCAGCUGCGAUCGGAACAAUUUCUCAUAAGCAGCAUGGGCGAAUCUUCAGACUACUUUAAGGAUGCGUUAAAUAGUAGGCAAAUAUACGUCGGCUUCUAAAUAUUAAUGGCAAUGCCGAUGAGCGCCUCUCCUGCUACCCCAUAUUUUACCUAAAACUGUAGCACAGAGUCAGUAACCUCUAUUUUGAGUUCAGGUAAAAGCAUCUGUUUGAUUAGAUUCAUGGUCAUAGAUCGUCUGCGGGAACUCUUUUAGGCAAAAAUAUUUUAUGUCCGUUGGAAAUGAAAAUGGGUUGACCGCUAAGUUAGGAUUGGUCAUCGAAAUUAAAUAUAUGACCAAAUAACCUUGCUCCGAGUGUCGAAAGAAAGUGCUGCAAUCCAGAGUUGAGGUGUGUUUGUAACAAUUACCAUAUUUGAACUUUUCACCAUAUACUUCUGAGAAAAAAAAAGAGAUAUAUGUUCCUAGAAAGGCACCGAACAAAGGCAGCGAUAAAAAAAAUUGAUGUUUUCAUCCGUGUAUCCGUCAAGUAGCUGUUAAAAAUGGCGGCGGCCAAGUUCUAGCUGGAAUCAAAAUACAAAUAAAAGUAAUGAAGGGUAAGACUCUAUCUAUGAAGUUUAUACUGCCGAUCAGAACGUGGCCGACUGCCAGUUUAGUUCUAAGAACUUUUUGCAAGAUACUAUUACUGUUAAUACUUUUAGUGAAAAAGAAUUUUUUGGAACUUGAAUAUGGUAGUGACUACUAUAAUUGAAGAAACCUGAAUGAUUUCGUAUAUACAAGUUUUUAAGAGUAGAUGUUGCUUUUUGUGAGUGAGCUAAUAAGUGAGAGUCAGACUUUCUGCAUAAAUGUGUGCACAACCACAAGCUGAAGAGAAAGCUAUAGAGUCAUUGUGAACCAGACGUUUAAAUUAUAUUACUUUCAAAAUUUGAACCGGCCUGCUUUAGGAUCUCUAUGGUUGUCCUUCUCUAACGGUAAUAUUAAGCUAUCCAACUUUAAAAAUAUCCGUGACAUUUUUUCCUCUUUUUCCGUUUCGGAAUUGAUUAGUGUGAUCAAAUAUUGCUAUAUUUCCUGUUAUCAAAGUUCAGGCACAUCUACGAUAUAUAGAGGCUAUGUAAAUUUCAAAACAAAUAUGUACUCUUCAAAUAAAGGCUGGGUCACAUACAAUUGUUUGAUAAAGCUAGCAGUACAGGCUAGCAAUCGCAAAUAAAAAAUGUUACCUUUCAACGCA